AUGGAAUCAUCUUUCGAGUAUGAUCUCGUUAUUACCAAUGGUGUGUGCGUGACAGCCAGUGAUGUAGGGGCAUGGGAUCUGGCGAUCAAGGAUGAGAAGAUCGUCCUCCAAGCUCCGACAGGGUCUUUGGCUCGUGCCAGUGCCGGCCGUAUUAUAGAUGCCGAGGGCGGAUAUGUGAUGCCAGGUGGGAUUGACUGCCACGCGCAUCUCGAAGAACCAGCAAUAUUCAUCAAAGGAUCUAAUGGCCGAUCAGCAGACAGUUGGGAGACUGGAACCCGAUCUGCCGUCGCAGGAGGAAACACAACCGUCGUCGCUUUUGCACCACAGCAAAAGAGCCAACCAUCGUUACUGGCCACCGUUGAGAAGACACAUGCCCUGGCAACAGGAAAUUGCUACACAGACUAUGGCUUUCACCUCCUCAUAGCAGACCCAAAUGCAGACGCUCUUCAGGAACUAAAAGCACUAAAAGAAGAAGAAGGCAUCUCUUCCAUCAAGAUAUACAUGACGUACACGGCACUUCAACUGCGAGACGAUCAGAUUCUGAAUGUAUUGCUUCACGCGCGCCAGCACGAGAUUCUCACCAUGGUUCAUGCUGAGAAUGGCGACGUCCUCAAUUGGCUUACAGAUCAGUUGGAGGCCCAGGGCAAGUUUGCCCCAAAGUAUCAUUCCAAUUCACGACCUCCCAUUCUAGAGGCCGAGGCGACGAAUCGCGCCAUUGCCCUUUCAUCCCUCCUCGCCGAUACUCCCAUCCUGCUCGUGCAUAUCAGCGACCCAUCCGCUGCUAACAGGAUCCGUGUGGCUCAAAACGCCGGUCAGCCUAUCCUCGCGGAAACCUGCCCCCAAUAUCUGUUCCUCACCCGAGAUGACCUUGAUAAACCCGGGUUUGAAGGCGCCAAAUGUGUCUGCUCCCCACCUCCUAGAACACAAGCUGACCAGAACGCCAUCUGGAACGGCUUAUCAAACGAUACAUUCGCUGUAUUGAGCUCAGACCACUGCCCCUUCACAUUUGAGGACACCGUCGCUGGAAAAAAGUCGUGCAUAACGGCAGAGCAUCCCGUGGGUCGAUUUCGGUACAUCCCCAAUGGGCUCCCUGGAAUAGAGACUCGACUUCCCUUAGCUUUCUCGGCCGGACGUCUCGCACUUAACAAAUUUGUUCAAGUGACAUCGACAAACGCGGCCAAGUUAUAUGGUCUUUAUCCGCGCAAAGGCUCCAUGAUCCCUGGCGUUUCCGAUGCGGAUCUGGUCAUCUGGUAUCCUGAGGAUCGCCUUGGUGAGGUUUCCAUUACUAAUAACAUGUUGCAUCAUGAUGUGGACUAUACUCCGUAUGAGGGACGAAAAGUCAGAAACUGGCCUAGAUACACCAUUCUUCGAGGCCAAGUGGUCUGGGACCGGGACGGACGCGGUAUCAUGGCUUCCAAGGGCGUAGGCCAGUUCGUGAAAAGAGGUUCAUCUAGCCUAGGAAAUAUUUGGGAAACAGUUCGAAAUCAUGGGCCAUUAGACUUGGAGAAGUUGUGA